CUCCUGGCCUUCACGGCCGUCCCCAAUUGCUUCACGCAUGUACGCGAUGAACGGCCGGAGUAGCGCGCCAUGUUCAAAUACGACUGACGGCUUCAUCCUCCGAUCCCUGCUCGCUCGACAUGUCUCUCCAACGACGCGUUGCUCUCGUCACUGGCGCUGCUCAAGGGAUGGGCAAGGCGAUCGCCAUCCGGCUAGCCAAGGAUGGUCUCAAUGUCGGCGUGAGCGACAUACCUGCAAAGCGAUCUGCUCUUGAGGAAGUUGCAAAGAGCAUUGAGAGCAAUGGCGGCAAUGCCGUCGUGCUUCCUGGGGACGUUUCGAAGGAAGAGGAUGUCAGUGCGAUGGUCGACGGUACUGCGGCUGCGCUCGGGGGACUCCAUGUGAUGGUUGCGAACGCCGGCGUGGGCCCUGGGUGUCCCUUCCUCGAAGAAACCGUCGAAGGAUUCAACAAAACGAUGGCGAUCAACGGUCUCAGCGUCUUUCUCUGCUUCAAGUACGCCGCAAAGAAGAUCAUCGAGCAGGGCCACGGAGAGGGGCGGCUCAUCGCGGCUUCGUCAUUGGCUGGGAAGAUGGCGUACCCCGGAUUUACGGGAUACAAUGCCAGCAAGUUUGCCAUGCGCGGCGUCGUUCAAACUGCAGCUAUCGAGCUUGGUCCUCACGGCAUCACCGCAAACGCAUAUGCGCCAGGGACCAUCGACACUCCCCUCACACGAACGCCUGAGGUAUCUGACCGCGUCGAUCUCAAUGCGAUCGCCGCUACCCUUCCUAUGAGGCGCGUCGGUCAGCCGGGCGAUAUCGCUGCCCUGGUGUCAUACCUCGCCAGCGUUGACUCCGGAUACGUCACCGGUUCGUGUCAAAUCUCGAGCUUAAACCUCAUUAAACUGACCGCUCUUUCACUCGAAUUGCCUUCAGGCCAAACGAUAACAAUAGACGGAGGAUGGCGGGUUGACUAGAGCUCUUGCUAGAAUAGCAGUAUAUGGGAUAUCACGCCUCGGAAGCUGGAGUUUACCUCGCACAGAUCGCAUAAUGCGCCGCCAGGCGCUACUGUUGCAUUGGAUCUAUAUAAUAUUGCUAUUCGGUCUGUCAAUAUCAGUAAUAUAACGAGUGCAGCAAGAGUAAAGCAUGACGCAUUCAUAACAUAUACUACACCUUACGACCUUCCCGUAUCAGUAGGCC